GCCUAUUCCAUUUGACAAUAAAUUCAAAAAGGUGCUGUCUCAAGAAUAUUUGCAUAGAUAUAAUCACUCAAACGAAGAAAGAGUCUCCGGCAACAAGAAAAAAUUUCAAGCUCUCAAGUCUUCGAGCUGAGUCGCCAUGUUCGCGAAGCGAUUGUUACAGAAGGCAGUGCACCAUCAUCAGCGUAAAGUGCAAAAUGGUGGUUUGACGUCUGCAGACUUGGAUCCGCGAAUCACUAUCCACUACGGUGUCCCGUAUACAGCAUCGAUUCUUGCUUUUGAUGCCAUUCAGCGCCUACUGGCAAUUGGGACUCUGGAUGGAAGAAUUAAAGUUGUUGGUGGAGAUGGCAUUGAAGGACUUCUUAUAUCCCCAAAGCAAUUGCCUUACAAAAACAUAGAGUUUCUCCAAAACCAGGGUUAUUUAGUCAGCAUUUCAAAUGACAAUGAUAUUCAGGUUUGGAGUCUUGAGAGCAGAAGCAUCGCUGCUUGUUUACACUGGGAAUCCAAUAUAACUGCUUUUUCUGUGAUCAGUGGCUCCCAAUUCAUGUAUGUCGGUGAUGAAGAUAGUUUGAUGUCUGUGUUGAAGUUUGAGGCCGAAGAUGGAAAACUUUUCCAGUUGCCUUAUAACAUUUCUGCAAAAUCUAUAAGUGAAGCUGCUGGGUUUCCUUUUCCUAGCGACCAACCUAUUGUCGGAGUCCUUCCCCAACCUUCUUCUUCUGGGAAUAGAGUGUUGAUUGCAUAUCAGAAUGGGAUGAUUAUUCUUUGGGAUGUUACUGAAGGUCAAAUUCUCUUUGUUGGAGGUGGUAAUGAUCUCCAAUUGAAGGACGGAGUUGUUGAUGGUUCUUCAAGUGAAGUUGAUACUAAUCUUCCAGAUGAUACAUUGCAACAUCAUCUAGAAGAGAAAGAGAUAAGCGCUCUUUGUUGGGCAUCUUCCAAUGGGUCCAUUCUGGCUGUGGGAUACAUCAAUGGGGAUAUUUUGUUCUGGAACACAUCGUGUGCUUCAUCAUCUAUUAAAAGUCAACAAGUUACGUUGUCAUCCAACAAUAUUGUUAAGCUACAAUUAUCAUCUGCAGGAAGGAGACUCCCCGUCAUUGUCUUACAGUGGUGCAAAAACCAAAAAUCCCGUAAUGAUUGUGAUGGCCAGCUUUUUAUCUAUGGUGGUGAUGAAAUAGGAUCUGAAGAAGUUUUGACGGUUGUAACUCUUGAAUGGUCAUCUGGGAAAUUAAGAUGUGUCGGUCGUGCAGAUCUUACACUUACUGGCUCUUUUGCAUACAUGAUUUUAUUACCAAAUGAUGGGCCAGCGGGGGGUAACUACAAAGCUGACCUUUUUAUGUUGACAAACCCUGGGCUACUACAUUUCUAUGAUGAUGCUAGCCUAUCUGCCUUAAUAUCUCAGCGCGAGAGAAGACCAUCUGUCUCUGCCAUGGAGGUUCCUGCAGUGCUACCUUUAUCUAAACCUUCCAUGACUGUGGCAAAGCUCAGUAAAUUACCCAUUGGGGGGGACUCAUCAAAGGCUCUAUUAGAGGUAGCCUCAGUUAUGAAACCUCCCUCAACAGUGACCCCAGCUAGUGGUGCAAAGUGGCCCUUGACAGGAGGUGUAGCCAGCCAAUUAUCUAUUACAAAAGAUAAUGGGAUUGAGAGAGUGUAUUUAGCAGGUUAUUCUGAUGGGUCCAUUCGGAUAUGGGAUGCCACUUAUCCAGUAUUAUCUUUUAUCUGUCUUUUAGAAGGCGAGGUACAAGGUAUAAAAGUGGCCGGUUCCAGUGCUCCAGUAACAAAAUUGGACUUCUGCUUCUUCACUUUAAGUUUGGCUGUUGGAAGUGAAUGCGGCCUGGUUCGUCUCUAUGACCUCAAAGGCUGUUCAGAUGGGACAAAGUUCCAGUUUGUCACAGAAACCAAAAAUGAAGCUCAUAUUUUGCCUCGAGGAAAAGGACCUCAAUGUAGAGCAGUUUUUUCUCUUCUUAAUUCCCCAGUACAAGCACUACAUUUUGCAGACUCUGGAACUAAACUAGCUGUGGGAUUUGAAUGUGGUCAUGUUGCAGUGCUUGACACAAGUUCAGGAUCAGUUUUGUUCUUGAUAGAGGGUGUGUCGAGCUCUAGCUCUCCAAUCAUUUCAAUGACUUGGAAAGAACUUACCCAUACUGAUAGCCUUGUCAAAAGCCCAAAGCACUCUGAAACAAAAAUCUCAAUCAACCCGGCAGGGGAAGUAAUAUUUGUCUUAACCAAGGAUGCAAAGAUUAAUGUGAUUGAUGUUAGUACCGGUAACAUGAUCAGCACUCGCCCAUGGCACUUGAAAAAGGAAUCAGUUGCAGUUUCAAUGUAUGUUAUAGCGGUCAGUAUCUCUGACUCUGAAUCAUCCAAUGAAACACAGCCAGAGUCCCAUGGGGAUACUGCUACCGAGAGUGAACCUAUGCCCUGUACUACAGUUGGCAUAGAUUCACAUGAAGGUGAACAGCACUCCUCUUUGGAAACUGCACGCUCUGAGGAAAGAUUGUUGGAUUCAGUUCUUUUGCUUUGUUGUGAGGAUUCGUUGCACUUGUACUCUACAAAAUCUGUGAUUCAGGGAAAUAAUAAAGCCAUUUGUAAAGUGAAACAUGCAAAACGUUGCUGUUGGACAACAACUUUAAAGAAAGAUGGAAAAGUUUGUGGACUGGUCUUGCUGUUUCAGACAGGAGUGCUCGAAAUAAGAUCUUUAACAGAUUUAGAAUUGGUGAAAGAAAGCUCCUUAAUGUCAAUUUUAAGGUGGAAUUUUAAGGGAAACAUGGACAAGUCAAUGAGUUCUUCAGAUAAUGGGCAGAUUGCACUGGCAAGUGGGUGUGAAUUGGCGUUCAUAUCUUUAUUAGCUGGUGAAAAUGAUUUCAGGAUUCCGGAAUCUUUACCUUGUCUCCAUGAUAAAGUUCUUGCAGCUGCUGCAGAUGCUGCCCUUAGUUUCUCUAUGAAUCAGAAGAAAAAGCAGGGUAACCAACCUGGAAUUCUAGCUGGUAUCGUCAAAGGUCUUAAAGGGGGAAAAAUGGUCCAUGCUGAGGAUUUUAGUAUGUCUCCUAAAUCCAAUUUUAGUCAUUUAGAGGGCAUAUUUUUGAAGUCCCCAUUCUCAGACCCAUCUCCAGCUGUUACAGAUAAUCAGGAAGAAGAGGAGCUUAAUAUAGAUGACAUCGAAAUAGAUGAACCACUACCCAUGGCAUCUACUUCAUCUGAUGAUUCUAAAAAUAUAAAGAGAGAGAAGGGGACGGAGAGGGAAAGAUUAUUUCAAGGUGGGACUGAUGAUUCAAAACCCAGAAUCAGAACGCCCGAAGAAAUUAUAGCUACAUAUAGAAAAGCUGGGGAUGCUUCUUCAGUGGCUGCACAUGCCAGAGACAAGCUCAUGCAGAGGCAGGAAAAACUGGAGAGAAUCAGCAGGCGCACUGAAGAGCUGCAAAGUGGAGCUGAAGACUUUGCGUCGUUGGCAAAUGAGCUUGUCAAGGCCAUGGAAGCUCGAAAAUGGUGGCAUAUAUGAGAAGAAAGUUGUCCGUAAGGAAUAGCUCAAUCGGCUAAGGACCACACCUUAUAAAACAGAGGUUAUUAGUUUGAAUAUCUCUUUUCCCCUCUCAUUGGAGACAAAAAAUUACUUACAAAAAAAAAAAAAAGGAAGUCUGGCUUAAUUUCCUCGUGCUUUAACAUUAUGCCAUUCCGAGAAUACCAAAGAUUUUUCUCAUAGACCUAAGACCAGCAAUCGGACUCCAAUCAUCUGUAGCUUGUAAUCGAGCUCACAAGCAAGAGUCCAUGGUCUUUUAGUGUAUCUGAGUUUCCAUAGCCCUUUAUGUAAGUUAUGUAACUAUGGCAUAAAUAUCUCUUCCGGACAUGUAAAUCAAGACAGAUUUUAUUAAUUUAUUUGUGGUACAGAUGAAGGUAAUUGAUAAAGAGUUAUACUAGAAAUUACACUUUUAUUUCA